GGUCUGCUGGGUUUUAUUCUCGUUGUACAGGUUCCUAGUUUCACACAUAGAAAAUCAGAAACAAUAAAUAGUCUAGAAGAAGAUGAGUAUCAUAACAGAUCAUACAUUUAUUGAUCAGUUUGAUAAUUAUCAAGGUGAAGAUGAUGAAAAUAUCACAGGGAAUCUAACCUACGACCACUUCACCUGUGACACUGAAAAAGACCUCAUGCCCGUGUACAGUACGAUGUUCCAGCCACUAAUCUACAGCAUGGUGUUUCUGCUGGGCCUCUUAGGAAAUGGCCUCCUGCUGAUGGUCCUGCUGCAGCGUCGUGCUCACCUUCGCAUUACUGACAUCUACCUGCUGCAUCUGGCCCUGGCUGAUCUGCUCCUGCUCUUUACCUUACCUUUCGCAGUGUCUGAGGUGCUGACCGGUUGGGUCUUUGGAAACUUCAUGUGCAAGCUUGUAGGCCUGUUAAACCGCCUGAAUCUGGUUUGUGGGAGUCUUCUCCUUGCAGGCAUCGGAUUUGAUCGCUACCUCGCCAUUGUUCAUGUUGUCUCCAGCCUCCAGACCCGUCGACCCCAAACAGUUCAUCUCAUCUGUGCUUUGAUCUGGCUUUUUUGUCUUGCUUUUGCUAUGCCCAACAUAGUAUUUCUUGCUGUGGAACCCAGAAAGAAUGACCAUACAUGGCUACAGUGUCACUUCAACAAUCAUGGCAUCCAUGGGUACAACUGGUUACUUGUUAAUCGGUUGUUGACACACCUGUUGUGCUUCCUUCUGCCCUUAGUCAUCAUGUGCUACUGCUACACUGCUGUAGUGCUCACUCUGCACCACAGUCAACAGAGCCUGGAGAAGCAAGGAGCUAUUCGUUUGGCUAUGGUGGUAACCCUGGUUUUCUGCUUGUGCUGGCUACCUUAUAACAUAGCCCUUUUAGUGGACACCCUUGUGAGGCUAGGGCUUCUGUCACAGAAGACCUGUCAGGCUCGCAACGCACUGGCUCUGGGUUUGAUUGUGACUGAGAGUAUUGGUUUUAGUCACUGCUGCCUUAAUCCUAUCCUUUAUGCCUUUGUAGGCGUGCGUUUCCGGAAUGAACUUCUGAGAUUGCUCACAAAACAUUUCCCUGUCUGUGGGCCCAUGCUAUGUGCCAGAUGCUUUAGCAAGACAUCCGUCUCAGAUAUGACUACUACCACUUCCUCUAGCCAAUACAUAUGAGCCGAGAAACAGCGAAAAACCUUAUAUGCCUUAAAUAUGCAGUUAUUCAAGAGAUAUUUUUUUUUCUAAAUAAAAGCCGAGCUUAUUUUCAUUUUGACUCUCUGAACCAUGUCUGAUCAACUAUGGCCUAGGCAUUUAGCUAUGUAGUGAUGCUUUGUUGUUGUUGUUUUACAGAGCAGGCGUGUUUUUUCAGAAUAUCUGAGAUUUAACUUUUAUCAUUCUAUGUUUUACAAAGCAGGCGUGUUUUUUCAGAAUAUCUGAGAUUUAACUUUUUUCAUUCUAUGUUUUACAAAGCAGGCGUGUUUUUUCAGAAUAUCUGAGAUUCUACUUUUAUCAUUCUAUGUUUUACAGAGCAGGCGUGUUUUUUCAGAAUAUCUGAGAUUCUACUUUUAUCAUUCUAUGUUUUACAGAGCAGGCGUGUUUUUUCAGAAUAUCUGAGAUUUAACUUUUAUCAUUCUAUGUUUUACAAAGCAGGCGUGUUUUUUCAGAAUAUCUGAGAUUCUACUUUAACAUUCUAUGCCUACAUUUUAGCAUUUCACA